AUGUCUGUGGCUCAGCUCUCCACCAAGGACAACGAUCAGGAAUCCAAAAGGUCUGAGAAGGAAGCCUCACCUAUGCUGGGAUUAUCGGACAAGGAUAAGAUUGGAACCAUCCAACCACAUGACGAUGCUUUGGUAGUUACACUUAGGUUUGGGGGGUUUGAUGUGAAGAGAGUACUAGUAGACGAAGGCAGUGCUGUAGAAGUAAUGUACCCUGAUCUAUACAAGGGGCUAAACCUAAAGCUCGAGGACCUAACGGCAUAUGAUUCCCUUUUGGUAAGUUUCAAAUGGAAGACUGUUACACCAAAGGGACAGAUCAGACUGCCUAUACAAACUAGUUCAGACAUGGUGGAGAUAGAUUUCAUUGUGGUCGACGCCUACUCACUGUACACAGUCAUAGUGGCCAGACCUUGGCUCCACGCCCUAGGAGCUGUUUCUUCUACACUUCAUCAAAAGGUGAAAUACCCGUCAGAGGGCCAAGUAAAGGAGAUUAUAGGAAAUCAAGUCAUGGCUAGACAAUGCAUGGUGGCUGCCAUCUCAUGCCAAUCUAAUGCAAAAUCCUCGGCCUCUAUAAGAAAGGACUUAUAG